AUGGGCAAUUUUUCUACAGAUCCCUACAGGACCCUGAACAUUUACCCAGAGUCGCUGAACUUUUACACGUUUCUUGUCGGGGGCGUCAUUGGAAGCAUCAUCUGCCUCGUCGGUAUCAUUUUCAAUACGACUUCAAUCCUGGUAUUCGCGAGGAUGGAGGUUCAAUCUGGAACUUCUUUUCUCCUCAUCUGCCUCGCUGUGAACGAUAACGCCAUGCUGUUGUGCCAGUUCAUUAUGUAUAACAUCCCGUCACUCUACCCCUACACAGGCUGGUUCGAAAGCUACUUCCAUUCAAUACAAGGGUACUACAAGUACGUCUGGGGUUUGAAUUUCAUUCCGGGUACGAUUGUCAUUUAUCUUGCCGUGUUUGUGACACUGGAACGCCACAAUGUCGUCUGCUCGGACCACCUGGAUGCCGGCCCGCAACAAGCCCCUUCAAAAUGGUACCUUCCCGUGUUCGCGCUUGUUGUUCUCGGCACCAUCUUCAAUCUGCCAAAGUUCUUAGACACAGAUUUCCAAGGACAUCGUUUGUGCGGGGACCCCAAUGCUUCCACGACGGUCUAUUGCUUUAUGGUUCCAACAAUGAAGCAGUCGCCAUCUUGGAGAUUGUACCAGAUUCUGUACCGUUUCGCCCUGUACGUGAUAUUUUUGUUGUUUGUGCCGGUGUCGGUGGUGGUCAUCUUGAAUGUUAAAAUCCUGAGACGUUUGAGGGAACGCUCUUCUGCAUUCUCUAACGCGAGGCGGAACGGCAGGGCGUCGGCAGUGAGAAACCUGAAUCAGAAUGAGCUGACGAAAAUCGUGGUCAUCAUCGUCGCUCUGAUGUCGUUGACGCAGUUCUUCACGUCGGUAGCCCAGUUCAUGCAUACAUUCACGGAACCCACAGAGGCCAACCCCUAUACCUUCCCCUUACUGAGCGACGUGGUCAUGCUCAACUCGGCCGUCAACUUCUUCAUUUAUGGUCUGUUUGGGAGCAAAUUUCGUGAGCACCUUAAAGAAAUGGUAUGUUUUUGUAGGGUUCGGUCCACGUGUUGGAGGAAUUCUAAUCCUAGGCCAGCUACCAAUGGAGAGAGGAAUGUGAACGUAGGGAUGAGGAUCCAAUCUGUUACUAUAGACAACCGGGCUUUUAGUGGUGACUAG